AUGGUCGGCGAUGGUCGGCACUUUGCCUCUCGGUGGAUACACGCAUUGACGCUCCCUCAGACAUCCCAGGACUGGUUUACCCUUGCCCCGAACCCAAACCCAGACCUGCAUCCGCCCUUCGAAUUCUUCGAAAGACGCCGCGUCCUAGAUCACAUGUUGGAGGCUUCCAAGUCUGUCGACUCCAUCAAUGCCCGGCUCCAGUUGGUGAUGAAGAGUGGAAAGUACAGCCUGGGCUACAAGACCACGCUGAAGACGCUCAGGGCUGAGGGGCGAGCAUCAUCGGCAUCAGCGGGCCCCUUUCUGGGCUUGACGGACGACAGCAUCCUCAGCAACAACCGCAGCAACAGCAGCAAGAAGCCUCGCGACUCUCUCGACACCGUGACAUGUCUUAGCGCAGGUUUUUCGCAUGACAAGGCCUUUGCAUUGUAA